GAUGCUCGCGGCUUGUUUCUGUCCAGUCUUGGGUGACUCUCUGCACAAUCCAGUACCACAAAGGGAGUUGUACGCCCUCUGCCACCCCCAGUUGCCAAGUCAUCACCCCUAAAGCCGCGUGGCCCCUGGCGGCGGCCAUCGACAAACCGGCCAAGCUUUUGGACCCACCGUCCCCACCCUCUGACCAGUAGCUGGGAAAAAUGGAACUGACUGGUGUGCUCAGAGCCCUGGAGCUGGGGUGGGGUGGGGCGGCGGCUCCCAGGAUCCCAAGGCCGCGCACCUGCCUCCUCCCCCGCCCCCGCCCCCACCUGAGGGUUCGGGAACAAAGGUGCUUUGUACCCGCCACAACUACCUCAUUACUUCGUCUUUGAGACUGGGGCCUCGUAGACCCCCUGAGUCUAGAACGAAGGUGUGAGGCUGAAAGGGACAAGCGCCAAACCCAAGAUGGGCAUCGAGCUCGCCACUGGGGCGAGUCUCAGGAGUGGGGGUCUCAGGAGGCGAUUUCUCUUUGCGUGGGGGAGGGGGUCUCAGGAGGCGAUUUAUCCCUUCCUCUCGCGCUAUCCCUAGCUGUGUAAAGAAAAAGGAGCAAUGGUGCCUAAGAUGGCUGGACAAGCUUCGUGGAUCCUCGCCCGCGUCUCACUUGCCUCUUUCUGGGCCAAGAGCGGGCUCGUACUUAAAUCUUCCAAGGUUCUAAUAAGGCUUUCUACCGUGUACUAAUACAGACACGAAAGACACGACCUCCCUAAAACAACUCCUAGACAGUGGAAUACGUCCCUCCUCACCACCCCUUGGGAAGAGCUUGGCUAAGCAGGCGCGCCAUACAGCGCACAGAAGGUUAACAAGAGUUGGCUUUGAAUGAAGAGGCGGAGACGCGCCCCCAUUGGUGGAAAGUUAUCCCGGGGCGUGGCCUGCUGCUUCGAGGAGACGCCGUGGUGGAGCUGGGCCUCAAGGAUUACCUAGACAUCUUCUGUCCUCACUAUGAGAGUCCAGGGCCCCCUGAGGGCCCUGAGACGUUUGCUUUAUACAUGGUGGACCGGCCAGGCUAUGAGGCCUGCCGGGCUGAGGGGCCGGGUGCUUUCAAGCGCUGGGAGUGCUCCCUCCCCUUUGCUCCCUUUGGCCCUGUUCGAUUCUCAGAGAAGAUUCAGCGCUUCACACCCUUCUCCCUUGGCUUCGAGUUCUUGCCUGGAGAGACCUACUACUACAUCUCAGUGCCAACUCCGGAGAGUCCUGGCCAGUGCUUGAGGCUCCAGGUGUCUGUCUGCUGCAAGGAGGACAAGCCUGAGUCAGCCCAUCCUGUUGGGAGCCCUGGAGAGAGUGGCACAUCAGGGUGGCAAGGGGGUGCCACUCCCAGCCCGCUCUGUCUCUUGCUGCUGCUGCUGCUCCCAAUUCUACGUCUCCUGAGAGUUCUCUGAGCCAAGUGGACCAUUCCUGCCACCCCCAGGAACCAGAGCCCUCCCAAGACUUCCCUGGAAGAGGGCCCCUGCCACCUACCUGAGCUGGGAGUGCCAAGACAGACAGACAAGAUGGAAGAGUGAUGGGGGAGGUCAGAGGGUCUGAAGUGACCCUUCUAGGUGCUGGCCUCCUCAUCAGGCUGGAGGAGCAGCAGGGGAGCUGCAGACAGCCCUGGGCACCCUGGAGCAGAGGCGAGACAAACAUAGGGUCUCUGUCAGCUGCUUUGAUGUUCUCAUCCCAUCCCCCAGGAAGACUGGGAUGCGGUGGAUCAGAUCCUUGAGCCUGCUGGGGGCCAAGGCCAACGACCUGGGGACAGGUAGAUUGCUGGACCAGGGCAAGGAAGCAGCCCAGGCCUGCCAUCUGUGCCCAGUACCCCGUGGGCCUCUUCCCUGGGACAGCACCUUUCCUCCCCAGGGGGUCACCUACUUGUCUUCUGUGAAGACGGACUUGCCAUGAGGUUGAAUUUCAUGCCAAUUUGUAUUUUUGUAAGUGUCUGGACCAAACCUUCAAUAAACCACCCAUAUUUUUGUUGCUCUCCCCAACCCAUCGCCCUCUGCC